AUGGCGCAAAUAUAUAUUUUUGGUGACCAAACGGUCCAUGCGGAUUCUUCUCUUCAAGAUUUGCUACAUGUUAGUGACAACAGCACUUUAUCUACUUUCCUAUUUGAAGCCUACCUAGCUAUCAGGCAAGAAAUCUCCCAUCUCCCAGCUAAUGAACGGGCGUCUCUCCCUGAACCCGAAACCCUCGGGCUUCUUCUCGAUGCCACCAGAAGGGGGAAACGGCAUCCCGCCCUCGAAAGUGCCUUGGUGUGUCUCUAUGAAAUUGGAGAGUAUAUUCGUCUCCAGCAAGAUACCGAUGUUGAACACUCUCCUGCCGACCAUUUUCUGGUCGGCCUCUGCACCGGAUCUCUAGCUGCGGCAGCUGUUAGCUGUGCUCGGUCUGUUGUUGAUCUAGUUCCACUAGGUAUCGAGGCAGUGGUAGUGGCUUUCUGGGUGGGGAUUCAUGCUUCCCGCAAAGCCAAUGCCUUAAAUUCCCCAGGGCCUGCAAGUCUCAAUCCAUGGUCUCUCGCCAUAGCGGGUCUUACGGAACUGGAUGCUGAAAGAGCUAUUCAAGCCUUCUGUGAUGAGUCGAAGCGUCCCGCCGCAAUGACACCCUACAUCAGUGCUAUCAGCUCCCACUCAGUCACGAUCAGCGGCCCACCACAUAUCAUUGAGGCUUUCCAACAUUCUUCAGUCCUCAAGGGCAGAAAGUCUUUGUUCCUGCCAAUAUAUGCACCCUAUCACGCCUUCCAUUUGUAUACAGAAAGAGACGUUACGACGAUAUUGGGUUCCAGUGCUCGAAGCAUCUCACUAAGCCGACUGCCCCAGAAGCCGAUAAUUUCAAAUGCCUCUGGGAUAAUCCUGAAUGAGCCUACUUUUGGUGCUUUGCUUCACAGCUUGAUCAUGGAAAUAUUGACCAGUCAAGUGCGGCUGGACCGUCUGAUUGACGGCGUUGCAGGUAUAAACUCCAAUGGAACCAGCCGGUUGAUUCCUAUUCACACACAGAUUGGCUCUAGUGUGCUGUCAUCUUUGCGCCAAAGGGGUAUCGACGUGACCUGCAUCAGUAUUCCCUUCCCUCAAUCAGGAUUUGCAAAAACGGAACAGAACCUCCCCAGUCACGACUCUUCGAAGAUCGCAAUCAUCGGUUUCAGUGGCCGUUUCCCCGAAGCCGAUAACCUCGAUGAAUUCUGGAAUGUACUUGAGCAAGGGCUUGAUGUCCAUAAGCCCAUUCCAGCAGAUCGCUUUGAUCGCGAUGCACACUACGAUCCAACACUCCAAAAGAGAAACACCAGUCGCAUUUUACACGGGUGUUGGAUUCGCAACCCCGGGUUGUUUGAUGCUCGUUUCUUCCACUUUUCGCCUCGCGAAGCCCGCCAGGCAGAUCCAGCACAGAGAUUGGCUCUUUUGACAGCUUAUGAGGCUAUCGAGAUGGCUGGAUUUGUUACUGAUCGCACGGCAUCAAGUCAGCGCCAUCGCGUGGGUGUUUACUACGGCACCACGAGUGAUGACUGGCGUGAGAUCAACAGUGGUCAGAGUAUUGAUACUUAUUUCAUCCCUGGGGGCAACCGAGCUUUUAUUCCUGGUCGCAUCAACUACUUUUUCAAAUUUAGCGGACCAAGUGUGUCGGUGGAUACAGCCUGUUCGUCAAGCUUAGCAGCCAUUAAUGUUGCCUGCACCGCGUUGUUGAACCGGGAAUGCGAUACAGCGCUUGCUGGAGGUACGAACGUCAUGACAAACCCGGACAACUUUGCCGGCUUGGACCGAGGACACUUCCUGUCGCCCACUGGAAAUUGCAAGACAUUUGACGACGGUGCGGACGGAUAUUGUCGCGCAGACGGCGUUGGCUCUGUUGUUUUGAAGCGACUUGCAGACGCGAUUGCCGACAAGGAUCCCAUCUUUGGGGUGAUUCGAGGCACACACACAUCGCAUUCAGCGGAGGCGGUUUCUAUUACCCGGCCGCUGGCUGACGCACAAGAGUACCUCUUCCGACAGCUCCUUAGUGAGACCGGCAUUCACCCUCAUGAGAUCAGCUAUGUCGAGAUGCAUGGUACCGGCACGCAAGCUGGAGAUGCUGUGGAAAUGAAGUCUGUCCUGGACACUUUUGCUUGGGACAAAAGCCGCCCACGAAACAUGCCGUUGCACCUGGGGUCGGUAAAGUCCAAUGUUGGCCAUGGUGAAUCGGCUUCGGGAGUCACAGCAUUGAUUAAAGUCUUGCUUAUGCUCCAAAAAGGUCGCAUUCCUCCACAUUGCGGUAUCAAGACGAAGAUAAAUCAUGGUUUUCCGACUGAUUUUGAUGAACGAAAUGUCCAUAUCGCCCUGACCAAUACUGACUGGAAACGUCCAAAAGAUGACAAGCGUCGCACAUUUAUCAACAAUUUCUCUGCUGCCGGAGGUAACACCGCUGUGUUGCUUGAGGAUGCCGCUACAUUUGAGAAAACUGAACAGCCAGAUCCACGCAAACAUCACGUUGUUGUCGUCUCAGCUCGGUCAGCCAAGUCGCUCAAACAGAACUUGCAAUCUCUCGCAAUGUUCAUCGGCUCCGAAAUCUCACCAGAUCUUUUGGCACAUAUCUCAUAUACAACGACUGCCCGGCGGAUGCAUCACUCCAGACGAGUGGCCGUCGCUGGUAGUGAUCUAUCCCAGAUCAAGCGCCGUCUACUUGACUUUGCUUUGCAAGAUAUCAGGCCAUGUCCUGCAAAGGUACCCCAUGUUGGUUUCCUUCUUACAGGGCAAGGGGCACAGCAAACAGCAAUGGCGCGGCAGUUGUAUGAGCACGUGGCCUCUUUUCGCGCAGACAUAAACAACUUUGAUGCCAUAAGCCAGCUUUAUGGCUUCCCAUCUUUCCUCCCUUUGGUGACAGGCUCGGUAGACAUAGACGACCUCUCGCCAACAAUCAUCCAGAUUGGUACCGUUGCCAUCCAAAUCGCAUUGGGACGGCUCUGGCAAAACUGGGGGCUGGUGCCAAAGUAUGUUCUGGGCCACAGUCUCGGAGAAUUUGCAGCCCUCAAUCUGGCCGGUGUUCUAAGCAUAAGCGACACAAUUUUCCUCGCGGGCUCGCGUGCAUUGCUAUUGGAGAAAUAUUGCAUUCCAGGCUCUCAUGGAAUGCUGACCGUCAGGGCAUCAGUUUCAGAACUGCAGGAAGUCCUCAAUGAGAUGCCAGUGGAAUUAGCGUGCAUCAACGGGCCACAGGACACAGUUCUUAGUGGGUCAAAUUCGGAUAUCGACAAAGUUAGCGAAAAGCUUUCGAGAAUCAACUUCCAAUGCACCAAGCUCAUUCUUCCAUUUGCUUUCCACUCUUCGCAAGUCAACCCAAUGCUUGACGAGCUGGAAGAGAUCGCUGGUCAACUGACGUUCCACCCGCCCACUAUUUCGUUUGUGUCAACCUUGGUUGGAAAUGUCGUGACAGAGGCAGGCAUCCUUGGUCCGCAAUAUAUUCGGCAGCAUUGUCGCGAGACUGUCAAGUAUUACGAGGCCGUGGAGGCCGCGAAAGCCGCUGGAAUUAUCGACUCCAAAGGAUUGGCAAUCGAAAUUGGCACUCAUCCCAUCCUCACUCGUAUGAUGAAGAAUAUUGUGGGUCCAGACUUCCGAAUAUGCCCAUCCUUGCGGCGGAAGGAAGAUACCUUCAAAACCCUUUCGGAGUCAUUGAGCGUUUUGCACGAGGCUGGUUUGCCAGUCAACUGGGAGGAGUAUCAUCGGGACUUUACUAUGAGCCACAAGGUUCUAACACUCCCAUGCUACAGCUGGGACCUUGAAAACUACUGGAUUCAAUACGAGAAUAACUUCUGCUUAACCAAAGGAAGCCUUCAGAACACAAUCUCUGCUAGCCCCCUAGCUGGAGUGUCUACUCGAAUCAGCCCAUCGGUGCAAAAGAUUGUUGAUGAGCAAAUAAAUGACACAAAUGGGCGCAUUAUCAUCGAAUCCGACUUCCAUGACCCAGAACUUCUGUCGGUUGCUCUGGAUCACAAAGUGAACGGGUUAAUACUAUGUCCUUCCUCACUCUACGCAGACAUUGCCUACACUUUGGGUAACUAUCUAGCUGAGAAGAAGGGAUAUGACAAGAGCUUUACCCCGGAUGUUGCCAAUAUGGUUGUUGAAAAGGCCCUUGUCGUCAAAGAAACUGGCCCACAGUCAUUCCAAGCAUCUCUAGACUUCAAUUGGAGCAUCAAUUGCGGUAAAAUGGAGAUCUACAGUAUCGACAUUUCUGGCAAGCGCACUAUCAGCCAUGCUCAGUGCACAGUCGAACUACAGCAAGCCGAUUUGUGGCAAGACAAUUGGCGACGACAGCGUUACCUGAUUCAGCGCAGUAUUGACGCCCUCCAAAAUGGUGUCGACACAGGAUUGACACACAAAGUGCGUCGGGGUCUCGCUUAUCGGCUUUUUUCGUCCGUUGUGCAGUAUGGCCCCUCCUACCAUGGCAUGGAGGAGAUCAUUUUCGACAGUGCAGGACUUGAGGCGACGGCCACGAUUUGCCUGAAACCAAGUAAGGGUCAGUACAUGCUAAACCCAUUCUGGUGCGACAGCUUCGGGCACCUCACUGGGUUCAUCAUGAAUUCCAAUGACUCUCUCGAUUUGACGGAACAUGUUUUUGUCAACCAUGGUUGGAGCUUCAUGCGCUGCGCUGAGAGGUACUCAACCGAUCAUGUCUAUCGAACAUAUGUCAAAAUGCAACCUGUUGAAGACAACAAUAAUCUAUAUUCGGGUGAUGUUUAUGUUCUCCGCGACCACAUCAUUGUCGCCCAUUAUGGCGCUGUCACAUUCCAACGGGUGGCCCGUCGAGUUCUGGACAUGUUGUUGCCAGCACCCAAGCCCAAAAGCGUCAAUGUUCGCACAAUACCUGAAACGAUCUCUCUCCCUCGACCUGGCUUGGCACUCGAACUCAAAGCAAGAGAGAGGGAAUCGCCCGUUUCCACUGUCUGGACACAAGUGCUGAAGGUUAUUGCUGACGAAAUUGGAAUUUCACCCGACCAGCUCACGGAUGAUGUGGACUUUGUCAACAUGGGCGUUGACUCUCUGAUGUCGUUGACCAUUCUCGGUACCCUGCGCGAAUCGCUUCAUCUCGACGUACCACCGUCUCUGUUUGAGGGUUGUACAUCUGUUCAGUCUUUGCGCGACUAUCUAGGGCUCUCUUCAUCUGGAACAAGCAGUGAUGCCGCCAGUAUCACAUCAAGUAUAAUUGAGACAACUGCUUCCACGCCACGCACUACACAUGGUGAAGAUCCAAUGGGGAAUACUGCAAUUGGUCGUGUCGAUACCAGUGUGGCGAUGAUCGUAUCCAUUUUGGCUCAAGAGAUUGGCAUCAGUGCCGAUGUACUGGCUACGGUUGAUGAUUUUGCUGAAGUGGGAGUAGAUUCACUGUUGUCUCUACUGACCUUGGGCCGUUUGAGAGAAGAGAUGAAUCUGGACUUGCCGCCUGAUUUCUUCAUGGACACAAACAAUGCUUCCGCCGUAAGGAAAGCUCUACAAUCGAUGUUUGGAUCCAUAGAAGAAGUUACCUCGAAGCCAAAGUUUGCAUCCGCCCCAGAAGUCAAUUCAGUUCCAUUGGUCGCUAUACAUCCCUCCGCAACAUCCAUUCUCCUCCAGGGUAAAUCGUCUUGCCCACAGUCUCUGUUUCUGUUCCCGGACGGAUCUGGCUCCUCGACAUCCUACGCCAUGCUUCCUAACGUAUCUCCAGACGUGUGUGUCUACGGUCUAAACUGUCCAUACAUGCGGACUCCACAGGAGCUGAAGUGCGCUUUACAAGAUCUGACGCCAUCCUACGUCGCCGAGAUUCGCCGUCGCCAGCCGCAUGGGCCAUAUAACCUAGCAGGAUGGUCUGCUGGCGGAAUCGCCGCGUAUGAUGCUGCGCAGCACCUCACCCAGCAGGGCGAAGCAGUUGAACGCCUCAUCCUUCUGGACUCACCCAACCCGAUCGGACUAGACAAGCUCCCACCACGUUUCUACCACUUCCUCGAGAAAGCAGGGGUCUUCGGCAGCCACGGCGGACAAAAGCCUCCUGCAUGGCUGAUUCAGCAUUUCCUCGCGUUUAUCGAGGCUCUGGACAAGUAUCAUCCUAUCCCAUUCAAGCCGGCCUAUAAGACACCUCGAACGACUAUCAUCUGGGCCCAAGACGGUGUGUGCAAGUUGUCGAGCGACCCACGGCCCGACCCGCAAGAUGAUGAUCCCAAAGAAAUGACGUGGUUGCUGGAGAAUCGGACGGACCUGGGGCCAAAUGGGUGGGACCAUCUAAUUGGGCGGGACAGCAUUCGUAUUGAAAGUGUUGAAAACGCCAAUCACUUCACGAUGGUUCGAGAGCCUGCAGCAACAACUUUAGCCCGAAUCAUGCGUAAGGCUAUGUCUGAUUGA